AUGGCCUUUCCCACCGAGUGGAAACCUAGGCUAGACAUGAAUGUGGAUGAGGGAACAUCAAACGAGCCUUCUGCGUCGAGGGUAUCCCCAUUGGCUAUAACGGCACGAGCACCUCCUUUCAUAUGCGUUGUUCGCCGCCGCAGAUGUAAAGUGGAGAGGUGGGCUGAGCUGGUCGGCCAAAGGGGAGCUGAGGAGGAGGAGGAGGAGGAGGAGGAGGAGGAGGAGGAGGAGGAGCUGGACACGAGAGCCAAAUUCGUUCUUUGA